AAUUUUGUGAAGACCGAUGAUUCUUAUUAGUUUUGUAAAGAAAAAGCCGGAAUUGAGGUUUUUAUGAUAAUUAAGAGGGAGCAUACAAUAAGUAAAUCGAUGGUCGUAUUUAGAUUUCCAUAAUACUAAGUGCUGUACUGACUGAGAUAUAAUUUUGUAUCAAUGUCUUUUAUCUUCCGCAAAAAGACUAGCCACUUUUUCACUAUCAGUUUUUAAUAAGUAUUCUUCAUGUUGACCCUAUGUCAUAACUAUUUUGGAGUGUCGCAAAACAAAAACUGCAAGGAUGGAACACAGAGUUUCAGUAAAAGAAAAUAUAUAUUUGGUCUAUUUAUUUUGUUUCUCGUCACUGUUUUAUGGGUGGCGUCUUCAGAGGUGACAAAGUAUAUUUACACAGAGAAAAAACUAGAUCGGCCCUUUCUUGUAACAUACAUUAGAAGUUCACUACUGUUUGUGUAUCUACUAGUUUUAUGCUUCACACCCCCAACAAAAGAUCCCUGUCAACCAGCUGACUAUACGCAACUUUUGGAGGCAACAGCUGAAACAGAUGAUGACAGCUUCUGCAACGAUAACAGCACUAGCUUAGGAGACUCAACAUUCAUCCCGGUGCGUGCUGGUGAAACAACAGACAGCGACGAUGCUACCCCCAGAGCUGUGCGUUUCAAUAAAGUGGCAGAGGUGCGAGUGAUGUCAGCUGCGAUGGCGGGCGAGGCGCUGCUGGCGCGGCUGUCGUGGUCGGCGUCGCUGCGGGCGACGGAGCACGCGCAGCGCAAGGCCGCCGCCGCCGCCACGCGCCGCCAUCUUAGAUUGGCGCUGGUGUUCUGUGUGCCGUGGUUCAUAUCAAACUACCUAUAUCGGCUCAGUCUGCUGCACACGACAACAUAUUCUGCGACGCUGUACACAUCAACAACCGGGGCGUUUACGCUGACGUUCGGUGCGCUCUUCUCUCAAGUACCCAACGAUAGAUUCACACCUACAAAAUGCUUGGCCGUCAUACUAACUGCAGCUGGACUGGUAGUUCUAAGUAUAACGGAAAGCCAUCAGAGUAACUGGACCGGUGUUUUAGCAGCUUUGGGAUCUGCGUUGUUCUAUUCUAUACAUUUGAUGCUAUUUCGGAGAGAGCUGAGGAAAGGGAAUGGAAUUAACUCUUUCCUUCUUGUUGGUGUAGUAGGCUGCGCGAGCGGGUGCGUGGCCUGGACGCUGGGCGGGGCGCUGGCGCUGGGCGGCGUGGAGCGCGCGGACCUGCCCCCCGCCAGACUCUGGAGCUGGCUGCUGCUGGACGCCGCCCUGGGCCCGCUACUGAUAGAGUCGCUGUGGCUGUGGGGCCGAUCUCUAACCUCCUGCCGCACGGCAACAGGCGCGCUGGCUUUAACGCUGCCGACAGCAGCAGCAGUGGCCGUGUACCGUGGCACCACAGGUGUUGGCAGCGCGGCAGCCGCGGUGUUAGCUGCAGCUGGUUGGGUUGCUGCCACCAGCGACCACCAGCUGUUACCGAGGCUGCUGACGAGGAUACGCUCUGAUGGGUUCACACAAAUAAGAAAUAUCUCGGAACUGGACGAGCAAUCGGAAGCUUUGAUGUCGUCUGAUGAGCUCACGUAACCCACGCGGCGCGAUGCGGCCCAACAGGACUUAUCUGUGUUUAACCACCGUUGAACUAACCACCGGCUUGACAUAACAUGGCCAACUUCCACCAGUCUGGGUGAAAGUUGAUUGUGCUUUAAAUGUUGUUUCUUUGUGUAUGAAAAAGAUGGCAUAAUAUUAACAUAAACGAGUGAUCAAGACCGGUGGAAGUGGGUCUCAUGAGCAGCUAACCACUGUUUGACUACACAUUUGACAAUGAUUCUAAUUUUGGCCACUGGGUGUGCACUAGUCUUACUUUUUAGUAUAACGUGUAUAGCAUUUCUAAAAGCUUAUUCGCUAAGAAAAUAAUCAUUCCACGAUUGGAAGUUGUAAAUAUAAAAUAGUUUGUGUUACACUGUAUUGUUUUGUAUCUAGUUAAUGAUCACUUCCUAUGAUGUUAAGGCGCUUUGCAGA